AUGGCGUCCAGCUCGCAAGCCGGCCCAUUACCCCAAGAACUUCAGCCGUCCUCCCUCCUACAUUAUGGAUGGCCUACGACAGGCGAGCACGGUGUCACGACCCCUGAGUUCGACAUAUUCAACUGGUACUCGCAUUUCCAAAGCUGCCACCGGUACUUCCUCGAUGUCGCCCAACACACCCACCAGGUCCAGGCGCUGGCAGCUUUCAUCAAUAUCCAACUGCCAUAUCAAAAGCAUCCAUUUCCCAUCACAUCAUCUGCUACGGCCUCCCCACAUCUAAGCGGACCUGAAACGGGGCGCCAUCAGCGACAACCACAUCAUUUCAGCGGUAGCGACAGCGCCGGCCACCCACAAGCUGUUUCCCUUGUACCGUAUAUACGGCGGCUCGUAGCUACGGGCCAUGAUUUGCCUCGUGUAUUAUGUGGGUAUUUUGGUGACAAUUGGCGUGAAGGAAUUGGAGCUUUACAUGAAAUCGAGCGGCAAAACUACCUGUUCGCGGCAAAGAGUACAAGCUGGAUGAAGGUGAAGCAGGCAUAUGAUAUGUCGCCGCAAGAGAUGGUACCCUUCCUCAAGCCACUGGGAAAUGUGACGGAGAAGGAGAUCCAGGGUGCAGAGGCAGCGUGGAGCGAGUGGCUCGCGAUGCAAGACUGGAUGUUGGGACCGCGAGCGCCGGAUAUAAUGAACCUGCCUCCUGGAGGCAAGAGGGAAUCACAGGGCUAA